AUGCUCUCGAAACUAUUCUGCAGCUCUUCAUCACUACAACUCUCCAACAAUGUUGCUGUUGCUUUUCGUUAUUUUUCGAAAACGACCUAUAAUUCUGCGCGAUAUGCUGGACGUCGAGUUGCUGAAGGAAACUAUGGUAUUGGAAGUGCUACACGUACAACACUGAAAGAACGUCUUAUGGGGCCUACUACAGGGAAACCUUAUAUGUAUGGAAGUGCAGCUGUAGCUGGGGCAUCAUUAUUUGGGAUCGGUGCGUUAUGCUAUUACGGACUGGGUCUUUCGAAAGAAGGUCAGAGCAUCUUAAUACAGUCAGGAACUUGGCCGACAUAUGUGCGCGACCGUAUAAAGGCAACAUACGGAUAUUUGUUUGCAUCUCUUGGGAUAACAGCAGCUGCAGCUGUGGCGGCAUCAAGAUCGUUUCAGAUUUCGCGUUUGAUAAUGGGAUCGCCAUUCAUUUCAAUGGCAGUUGUAAUGGCAAGCAGUAUUGGGGCAUCAUUAAUCGACUACGAUAAUACAUUACUGAAACAUGCAGCUUGGAUUCUGCAUGCAGGCUUGAUGGGUGCGUUUAUAGGACCAAUCUGUUUGAUGGGUGGGCCCUUAGCUGUGCGAGCUGCUUGGUAUACUGUGGCUAUCGUCACAGGGCUGUCAACAAUUGCUUUCACAGCACCUUCUGAAAAGUUUCUGAUGAUGGGAGGCGCGUUGGCUAUGGCACUUGGUGUUGUUUUUGCAUCAUCUAUUGGAACUUUCUUUCUUCCUCCAACAUCUGCAUUGGGUGCAAGUCUAAUGUCGAUCUCUCUUUAUGGCGGUUUGAUUCUAUUUUCACUGUUUUUAUUGUUUGACACACAGUUUGUUAUCAAACGGGCACGAAUGUACCCGAUUUCGGAUACAAGCGAAGAACAAAUCUACAAGCCGGGAUAUUACGGCAGUAUUGGUGCUGGGUACAGUGCUGCACCAAAAAUGCGUCGAUUUGAUCCGAUCAAUGCACAAUUGUCCAUUUACGCAGAUGUUUUGAACAUUUUCAUUCGGCUGGUAACAAUGAUGACGGGCAUGCAGGGUGGCAGAAAACGAUAA